AUGGAAAAGUUUCAGAUGUUGUUCCCUUCCUCCUCCUCCUCUUCUUCAGCUCACCAUCAGUACUACGAUGAUGAUCAUCAUCACAAUAGUAUCAACUUCUUAUCAUCAUCGUCGUCACCACCAUCAUCCACGUCAAUGAAUGAUGGUCCAUCUAUGAUGACCAUGGGGUCGAGCGCAGCAGAUCAUGAUUACCAUCAUCAUCAGAUCAGUACUAAUAACGAUGAUGAUCAUCAUCAGGAGCAGGUUGUUACGGUGGCCAUGGGGCCUGGAGCAGCAGAUCAAGGAGAUGGAGGGAAGAAGAAGAAGGGAGAGAAGAAGGUGAAGAAGCCUAGAUAUGCUUUCCAGACGAGGAGUCAAGUCGAUAUCCUUGACGAUGGCUAUCGAUGGAGGAAGUAUGGCCAAAAAGCUGUCAAGAACAACAAGUUCCCAAGGAGCUAUUACAGAUGCACGUACCAAGGCUGCAAUGUGAAGAAGCAAGUUCAAAGGCUGACCAAAGAUGAAGGAGUAGUGGUCACAACUUAUGAAGGCGCUCACACCCACCCCAUUGAGAGGCCUAGUGAUAACUUUGAGCACAUCUUGAACCAAAUGCAAAUCUACACUCCCUUUUAA